CCACUCAUUCAUAAAACAAACUCAACAAAUUUUUUUUCAUCAUCAAAACCAUUCCAAAAAUUCAUUUUACAUUAUGAUUUUUUUGUCACAUUCAUUAAGGUCACAUUAGAUUGAACAAGGGUUAAUAACUUCAACUACAAGAAACAACAUAACACAAAACUUUGCUAUUAAGUCAUAAGAUCAAAAUUUGUUCAAUAUUCAAAAAAUUUCUAACCCUUUGUUUUUUUUAUAUAAAAAAAACAAAGGUGGAAACUAAAACAAGGUUUGUUUUAAUUAACAAUGGUUAGGGCUUUUAAUCAUCAAAGCAGCAUGCAGAAAUCAAAGUCUUUUCAUUUUAGAAGAAUGUUUGAACUUCCCGGAAAACAUAUUCAAGGUUUCUUUGAUAAGGAUCAUGAUGAAGGAAAUGAGCAUCAUCAUGAUCAUAAGGUUUAUUCGAAAAGUUUCGAAUCGAGAAAUUCGACUGAUAAUUCAUUGGAACCUCAUCCAAUAGGUUUUUCUCUCAACAAUGAUCAGGUUUAUUCAGAUAUACCAAAAAUGCCUCCUAAGCCACCAACUGAAACUGAGUUGAUGAAGGAAAGAUUUGCUAAGUUGCUUCUUGGAGAAGACAUGUCUGGUGCUGGAAAUGGUGUUUCAUCAGCAUUGGCUUUGUCGAAUGCCAUAACGAAUCUUGCUGCAUCUGUUUUUGGAGAACAAUCGAAGCUGGAACCAAUGUCGCAUGAUAGGAAAGUUAGGUGGAGAAAGGAAAUCGAAUGGCCUUUAUCUGUGACUGAUCACAUUGUUGAGUUUGCUCCAUCACAACAGUUGGCUAAGGAUGGAUCAACAAUGGAGAUUAUGACGACUCGACAAAGAAGUGAUCUACUCAUGAACAUUCCCGCUUUGCGCAAACUCGAUGCAAUGCUCAUUGACAUUUUGGACGACUUUAAAGAUCAAAAUGAAUUCUGGUAUACCUCGAAAAGCGACGAAGAGGCCGAAGGUAACAUUGUCAAUCAAAGAAAAAGCGACAAAUGGUGGUUACCGGUUGUUAAAGUUCCGCCAACAGGUUUAUCAGAUGGUGCUAUAAAAUGGAUACAGUUCCAGAAAGACAAUGUUAACCAAGUGCUUAAAGCAGCCAUGGCAAUAAAUGCUCAAGUUCUAUCAGAAAUGGAAAUACCUGAUAACUACAUCGAAUCUCUCCCUAAGAAUGGUAGAGAAAGUCUCGGCGAAUCAAUCUACAAGAGCAUAACGGUUGAAUACUUUGAUCCGGGACAAUUCCUAUCGACAAUGGACAUGUCUACGGAACACAAAGUUCUAGACCUCAAGAAUAGGAUUGAAGCUUCCAUAGUUAUAUGGAAAAGGAAGAUGAACAAAGAUGGAAAAUCUUCGUGGAGUUCGGCGAUAAGCAUGGAGAAGAGAGAACUCUUUGAGGAGAGAGCGGAAACAAUAUUGCUCAUGAUCAAACAAGAGUUUCCAGGACUUCCGCAAUCUUCACUUGAUAUCAGCAAAAUCCAAUACAACAAGGAUGUGGGACAAGCCAUUCUAGAGAGCUAUUCAAGAGUAAUAGAAAGCUUGGCUUAUACGGUUUUAUCAAGAAUCGAAGAUGUCUUAUACGUAGAUUCAUUGACAAAGAAUCCGUCAUUGGCGACAUCCGGACGGACAUUCUCAUUGGAUUCUUUGCCGGUGUCCGAACAAACAUCUCCAAACUCCGAGGAAGGGCGGGGAAGCUUGAAUUCAUCCGGCACAUCGCCAUCAAUGACUCUCUCCGAUUUCAUGGGAUGGAAUUCAAACAAAGUCGGAGGUGAUUUAAAAAGGACUAAUUCUACGGGUGACUUAGAAGACUUGAAAGAAAAAGACGAAAAGGCUUCGAUUAAAUCUCCAAAAGUUGGAACCCCAAAGAAAAACUACUACUUGGAAAAGUUUGACUAUUUGAAUGCUAUAAGAAGUCCUAUUGCGCGACAUUAAUAUCGAAAAAAAAAGGGAAGGGUCGUAUUUUAACACGGAUUAUAAAAGUUCAAUGUAAAUUUAAACAUAAAGAUUGAGGGUUUGGUUAUGAAGUUAGUUGAAACUCUUGUGUACAUUUCUUCUUAGCAUAACCAGCUUGUACAUUAUGUAAAUCAUACUUUAAUUAGGUUAUUGUAAUUUCCGCACUUGUUAUAAAUUCUUUUAUUUCUUCAAAA